AUGUGGAAACCCGGAGAUCACAGCCGUUAUUCAAAAGACAAGCCACUUCUAGGAUUGACCGAGAGUGCGAUACUGGCAGCCUCCCAGGCACGAGUCAGUGGAGUCAAAAAGCAAGACUCGCUGAGCUCUGCAGUCAAUCCAUUCCACAACCCCGAAGACCACGAUAUUCCUACACGCGACGGGACCACACGAAUCGGAGUCUAUCGACCAAAGGCCUUUGUAGAUAGCCAGCAGCGAGGACCGCUGAUUGUAAUCUACCAUGCUGGGGGAUUCUGCCUGGGCAACGACACCAUGGCCGACGCCAACGAAUCCAAAUUCCACCGACGAUUCGGCGCAACAUGCGUCAGCGUCGACUACCGUCUAGCACCAGAGCAUCAAUUCCCAGCUGCUGCGCACGACUCGUGGGAUAAUUUAAAGUGGGUUGUCGCAAACCCCGAUGGCCCUCUUCUGACGGCAGAUCCCACCAAAGGUUUCAUCCUGAGUGGGAUGUCCGCCGGCGACACUCUUGCCGGACGAAAACGUCUCACCGCGAUUGACGAGAAAUGGAAAGACGAGCUUCUCUGGUUUGAGCAGAACAAAGACGCACCGAUUCUCAGCCUCGGCGGAGUCGAUUUGCUCGCCCGAUCAUACAACGCCGAUAUCGAUAGCCCCUUGCACAAUGUGCUUUUAAAUCCGACUGGACAUACAGAUACUCCACCGCACUUUAUUCAGGUGGCUGGGCUUGACCCCGUUCGCGAUACGGGCAUAUUUACGAGCGAGAGCUUAGAGAGAAACACGGAAUUCCGACUCGGAUCACCGUCUAUGUUGGUCAAGCCCAUGCGUUUUGGACCUUUUUGCCCGAAAUGUCCACAUCGGUGA